CUAGCAUUUAACGUUAGCUCCUCCCUUUUCAGGAAGAGAUUGUAGUUUUGACAGUCAGCUAACUUUCUAGUAUUCUUAGCCUGUAAGUGUUAUUUCCCGUCUUCGUUACUUGAUAGUCUCUGUGUAAACACUGCAGAAGAAAAUGUCCUUCAUCAUCAACCUCAUCUCUGGUAGCCUUCGCUUCGUGUUUGAUUUGCUCCAGAGGCUCUUUGGCAAGAAAAGACCUGCCAUUACCCUUGAAGACCCCAAUGUGAAGUAUCCAUUGCGCCUUGUGGACAAAGAAAUUAUCAGCCAUGACACAAGAAAGUUUCGCUUUGCUUUAAAAUCACCCGAUCAUGUUCUUGGACUUCCUAUUGGGCAACACAUCUACCUGUCUGCCAAGAUUGAUGGCAAUAUUGUGGUGAGGCCUUACACUCCUGUGUCUAGUGAUGAUGACAAGGGCUUCGUUGAUCUCGUUGUGAAGAUAUACUACAAAAAUGUCCAUCCAAAAUUUCCAGAGGGUGGGAAGAUGUCUCAAUAUUUGGAGAGCCUUCGUAUUGGUGACACAAUUGAUUUCAGAGGACCAAGUGGGCUGCUGGUUUACAAGGGCAAAGGAUUAUUUGCCAUCAAGCCUGAUAAGAAAUCAGACCCUGUGAUGAAAACCGCAAAACAUGUUGGCAUGAUCGCUGGCGGUACAGGCAUUACACCUAUGCUCCAGAUAAUCAAAGCAGUCAUGAAAGAUCCAAAGGAUGAGACCGUGUGUUACUUACUUUUUGCAAACCAAACAGAAAAAGACAUUCUCCUACAGGAUGAGUUAGAAGAGGUCAUGGUCAAUCACCCCACACGUUUUAAGCUGUGGUACACUGUCGACAGGGCUCCAGACGGUUGGAAGUACAGCCAAGGCUUCAUCAGUGAGGACAUGGUGAGGAACCAGCUUCCUCCACCCGGAGAUGACACACUCAUUCUCAUGUGCGGACCUCCUCCCAUGAUUCAGUUCGCCUGCAACCCCAGCCUGGACAAAGUGGGCCAUUCCAUUGACAGGCGCUUCAUCUUCUAGAAGGGUCUCACCUGUGAAACCUGAAAGCAAGAGGUUUUGCAUUAAACAAGUGCAGCUUCACUCAACAUUAUAGCCAUGCUACCACCUGCCAAAUAUCUAUAUGGCUUUUAUCUGGCAGUUUAUAUCAAAAUGUACCGACUGUUUUCUUCAGAAACCUCCGUAUGCAUAAAGAUGUGCCUGCCAUUAAGUCAUGGAAAAGUUGUUUGUUUUAAGCCUUGAUGAAAGCAACAUUUUAUUUUAUUUUAUUUUAGCAUUAUAUCAUCAGAUGCAGGAUGAUAUUGGAAUGAAAUUAUUUAACAUGAUUUUACACUUGCAUUUUUGGUUAAUUAUGCAACUUCAACCGAUAUUUUUAACUAUUCCACCAAAAUUAUAUUUUUGGAUGCGACCUGUUUGCAGUUCAUAUGCAUGACCAAAAUAUAUUUGCAAUAUUUUUGCAAUGACCAAUAGAAGUGUAUAUUCUUUAUUGUUUUGUAAUGAAUAUUUCAGGCUGUUUAAUAUGUUAAAAUGCUCUCUGUACUAAUCUUCACACAAAAAGUCAACCAAAACCAAUGUUUAUUUAAUGUUUGUUCAUCAACAACUAAUAAAAUGAAACAGUUCUGCUAA